UAUAUAUAUAUGGUUAGAUAGCACCUCCACUCCACUUGCCUCGUCAUUUCCCACAGAGAAAGAAGGAGCCCAGGGCUUUCUCUUUUUCUUUUUCUUUUUCUGUUUUUGUGUCUGUGAUACUGAUAGGUCUGGUAGAUCUGGACCUGCUUUUAUGCGAUCGGCUCUAGAUGGCUACGAAAAGUAACGCCGAUGGGCGGACUAGGGGUUCUGUACAGAUUUUUAUUGUAGCUGGUUUGUGCUGUUUUUUCUAUAUAUUGGGGGCUUGGCAGAGGAGUGGUUUUGGGAAGGGAGACAGCAUUGCUUUAGAGAUUACUAAGACUAAGGCCGACUGCAGUAUAAUUCCGAGUCUAAGUUUUGAAUCUCAUCAUGCCGGUGAAGCUGGGAAGAUUGAUGAGUCUGAUUCCAAGCCCAAAGUGUUUGAACCUUGUCAUCCUCGUUACACUGAUUACACGCCAUGCCAAGAUCAAAAGCGUGCAAUGACAUUUCCGAGAGAGGAUAUGAAUUAUCGAGAGAGGCAUUGCCCUCCCGAGGAAGAAAAGUUGCAUUGCCUCAUUCCGGCACCAAAGGGAUAUGUAACUCCGUUCCCCUGGCCAAAGAGCCGUGACUAUGUGCCGUAUGCAAAUGCACCGUAUAAGAGCUUGACUGUUGAGAAGGCUGUCCAGAACUGGAUCCAGUAUGAGGGUAAUGUAUUUAGAUUCCCUGGCGGGGGAACACAGUUUCCUCAAGGGGCAGAUAAAUACAUUGAUCAGCUUGCUUCGGUGAUACCAAUUAAGAAUGGCACGGUUAGAACUGCGCUGGACACUGGUUGUGGGGUUGCUAGUUGGGGUGCGUAUUUGUUGAGUAGAGAUGUUAUUGCCAUGUCAUUUGCACCAAGAGAUUCACAUGAAGCACAGGUACAAUUUGCUCUUGAAAGGGGUGUACCUGCAGUAAUUGGUGUUCUGGGGACAAUAAAGCUGCCAUAUCCAUCCAGAGCCUUUGACAUGGCUCACUGUUCACGUUGCUUAAUUCCAUGGGGAGUAAAUGAUGGAAAAUAUCUCAUGGAAGUUGACCGAGUCCUUAGGCCUGGGGGAUAUUGGGUUCUUUCGGGUCCCCCCAUCAAUUGGAAGAAUAACUACAAAUCAUGGCAGCGUCCCAAGGAGGAACUUGAGGAGGAACAGAGAAAGAUUGAAGAAGUUGCUAAACUUCUAUGCUGGGAGAAGAAGUCUGAGAAGGGUGAAACCGCCAUUUGGCAGAAGAGGGUGAAUUCUGAUUCAUGCAGCAGCAGACAAGAUGACUCCCGAGCUACCUUUUGCAACUCUAAUGAAGCAGAUGAUGUCUGGUAUAAGAAAAUGGAGGGAUGUAUAACUCCAUAUCCUGACGAAGUUGGUGGAGAACUGAAGCCAUUUCCUGAAAGGCUUCAUGCUGUACCACCUAGAAUUGCUAGUGGAUCGGUUCCUGGAGUUUCUGUUGACUCCUACCUGGAGGAUAACAACAAAUGGAAGAAGCAUGUUAGUGCUUAUAAAAGAAUCAACAAACUAAUUGACUCUGGAAGGUAUCGCAACGUAAUGGAUAUGAAUGCUGGUUUGGGUGGUUUUGCUGCAGCACUUACAUCUCCAAAAUUGUGGGUCAUGAAUGUGUUGCCCACUAUAGCUGAGAAAAAUACAUUAGGUGCUGUAUAUGAGCGAGGAUUGAUCGGAAUCUAUCACGACUGGUGCGAAGGUUUCUCCACAUACCCAAGGACAUAUGAUCUCAUUCAUGCCUAUGGUGUUUUGAGUUUGUACAAUGGCAAAUGCAAUUGGGAAGACAUUCUUCUAGAGAUGGACCGAAUUUUAAGGCCAGAAGGUGCUGUCAUAUUCCGUGAUGAAGUUGAUGUAUUAAUUAAGGUGAAGAAGAUAGUUGGAGGGAUGAGGUGGGACACCAAAAUGGUGGACCAUGAAGAUGGUCCCCUUGUUCCGGAGAAGGUAUUGGUUGCCGUCAAGCAGUACUGGGUUGGAAACUCUACAUCCACACAAUGAAUUGCCUGAAACGAAACCUUGAGGAGCUUCGGAGGGUUCUAAGCUGGCAACGGUCUCUGUUACAAUUCCCCACUCGGAUGUGUAUUUUUCCAGUGAGCAGUUUUGCUGCCCGAGCAAUUCCUAGGGAGGAGGGCUUACACACAGCUAUGUUCGCUAAUCAUCCUUGACCAUGCUUCUUUGUAGUAACUUAUAACUAGACAAAGCUAAGAUCAUCUACAUAGCUAAUGCUUGUAAUGUUCACACUAUCAUUCAUUUUAUAAACUGCCUUGAUUUAUCGUGUACGUUUGAAAUAUCUUUCUUACUGUUUAGCACAGCACUUA